AUGCUCGCCAAUUCCAACUUUAUGGUGUCCUUCCCCUUAGAAGGGGAGCAGCGUCGUAAAGUUGGAAAUCUUCUGCCUUGCCAGGACAGCGGCAGCGACAGCGACAGUAGCUCGUCGUCCGUUGCGCCGCCCGAAAUGGUGGUUGCAGAAGGCAGCUCCUCAGGCAGUGAGUCUGGCAAACGCCCAGCUGCGGCCGCAGCGCGAGGCACACGCGGCAAGACGUUAGCAGACCGGGAGAAGUUAGGCAUUUUGAAGCCAGCAGACUGGACCAAGGAAGACUUGGGCAGCAAGUUCCGUGGAGUUCUGCAGAAGCGGCAUCUCCUUCAGGGCUUCAAAGCCAUGGUGAUCGCGCAGGAACCUCACAACAAAUGGGCUCCAGGAGCCGAACAGAGGGAGGUUCACUACCACAUGAAGAUGGCAUCUCCCUUUGCGCGCGCCAAGAUGUGCGCAGAUCUUGGAGCUGAAGGAUGCAAAGGUUUCUUCACCUUUCCACGCGCAGGAUGGGCAUCCUAUCUUGCCUAUGUCCUCCUGCCCUUAGCCAAGAAGUUGCAGAAGGAUCUCGAUCCUUGUCCCAUGUUCUGGCCCCCAAGCUUUACCAAAGAGAAAGCCUUGGAGGUCAUCAAGCAGGUCGAGGCUAGAAUGUUGCGUCGCAACAGUGCUGACGUCCAGCAGCAGAUCAAAUCCUCGCAGAAAAAAACAGGCGAGUCCAAACGCAGGCGAACUUUGUCCUUUUCCGAGUCGGACUAUGUUGUUGAAAACGGCUGCGUUGAUGAGGGUGAUGUUUGGCGAUUGGCCAAACGGUUGAAAACAAGUGGAGAAGACAUGAUGUGGAACUACUUGUAA